UCUUUCUUUUAUUAUUAUUCUCAUGGUUUAUCCUUCAAGAAAGGUUGAGCCCUACAUAAAGACUGUGUGUAAAGAAUGUUCAGUUCAGCUCGAAUUCUUACCAGAACCAGGAAUAAAAAACCUAAAGGUCAAAGUGGAAUGUUGGUCAUGCCACAAGGUUUCCAAUUACGACAUUGACGCGUCAGGUACUAAAGUCAACAACAAUAAAACAAAUCAACGCUGGUCAACAAAGAAGAAAGGAACAGACGAAAAUCCGGCUUCCACAGAAUAUUAUGACGUCCUUGAAGUAUCACCGUCAGCAACGGAUGCAGAAAUAAAAAAGGCAUACAGAAAAAUGGCUAUCAAAUAUCAUCCUGAUAAGAAUCCAAAUAAUCCAAGUGCAGAAGAUACAUUUAAAAAGAUAUCAGAAGCUUAUCAGGUUCUAUCAGACCCCGUAUUACGAAAGAGAUACAAUGAAUACGGUGAAGAAAACGGUAUCAAACCAGAUGGAGGAUUUGCUGAUCCUGAAGAAUUCUUUAAGCAAGCAUUUGGCGGAGAACGUUUUGUGGACCUGGUUGGAGAGAUAUCGAUAGGAAGACAGAUGAAGGAAGUCAUGGAAUUACAUGAUGAUACUAAAAAGACACCUGAGCAAAAGGCAGAGAUGGAAGAAAAGAAAAAGAAGCUAGAGGAGGCCAGAGCAGCAGAGCGAAAGGCCAGAGUGGACAAAUUGGUGACGAGACUGAUUAGUAAAUUAAGUCUGUACACAGAACUGAACGAUAUCUCUGAGGAGGCCAGAAGUGCGGCUUUUUCAAAUAUUGUACAGAUAGAGGCUGAGGGUUUAAAACAUGAAGGUCAUGGAGUCGAAUUGCUACAUACGAUAGGUAAUACUUAUCUGACCAAGGCAACACAAUACCUCAAUAAAAGCGUGGCUUUUGGGCUCGGAGGCGUCUUUCACUCAAUGAAAGAAAAAGGAUAUAUCAUCAGUGAGACCGUGGACACUCUGCGGACAGUCAUCAACUUGCAAUCGACGUUUGCUGAACUCCAAAAGGCCGAACAAAAUGAAAGCUUGACAGAAGAUGAAAUACAUAGAUUGACAGCCGAGACAACAACAAAGGGUCUUGAGGCUCUAUGGAAAGGCUCUAAAUUGGAAAUAGAGAGUGUCUUGCGUGAGGUUUGUGAUAAAGUGCUGAGUGAUCCAACAGUGUCCAAGGAGACCUUGAGGAACAGAGCACUUGGCCUGAGGAUUAUGGGAUCUAUUUACUCCAAGGUCAAGGCAGAUGUUACCCCUGAGGAUAUCCCUAUCCCUAUCGAUCCUUCUCCUGCAAAAUCUCGACCCUGACAGCAGUGUGCAUGGAUGAUCAUAUGAUAUAUAGAAUAAAUCAGGAUACUUAAAAAAUCUGUUGAGGUCAUGGUACGUGUGCGUGCGUGUGUGUGUGUGAAGGAUAAUGAUAGUAGUGGUCAUGAGCAAUGUACGAUAGGCUAAUGAUGUCAGCGCAUGACCCAAGUCUCCUU